AUGGAAGGAGGAUCAGAAACACCAAAACUCAAAUUAGAUAUUAUAAAUAUAUCACAAACAUCACAGAUACAAUUUGGUCUUAGAACUGAAGAUUAUCAAAGAUAUCGUCAAUAUUUGACACGUAGAUUGUUACGUGUUAGAAAGGCACUAAAGACAUCGUUGGGUAAAAAGGUGUACCAAAACAAGAUCAACGACCCAAAGAAUGUGAUUGAUGCACGUUAUUUGUUGAUUGUUUUGUUAAAGACUGAACGUGCUUGGGCAUACGCUAUGGAUCUCAAGAAGCAAGACGAACAAGAGGAUGCACCAAGAAAGCAUCAUCACAUGGAACGUCGUUUCCUCAAGGCUGAGAAACAUGCCUUGCAAUUGGAGAAGUUUUGUGUUGCCACUUGCGACGACUACACUAUCGCCGAAGCACAAGCAUAUGCUGCCUCGAUCAAGGCUGCUCGUUACACCAACAUUCAACAAUGGGUUCAAGCUCGUGAUGAAAAUAUUGUUGCCAAGGCAAUCUUUGAAUUGUUGAUCGAGAUUGGUGACUCUUCACUCAAACAAAUCUAUGAGAAAAAGAUUGAAGAAAGUCAAACUAUCGAUAGAUACUGUCAAUACAAUCUUCGUCAUGCUGGUAAUAUUCCAGAUCCAAUCAAUACAAAUGAUUUAAUUUCAAAUAUUAAAUCUAAAUUAUCUAAAAAUAUUCAAAACAAAGAAACAUCAUUACCAAUGGAAACUAUUACAUGGAGAUCAAAACAAAUCAAGGUAUCUGAAAAGGUUAGAACUCAAAUGGUUACAUAUGAUUCAAUUGAAAAGGAAUUUAACAAGAUCACUGGAGAUCAUUUGAAAAGAUAUCCUUAUUUUGACAAGAUGAUUGCUCAAUUAAUCCAAAUUGAACGUGUUAUUAAAAAUGAUUUUAUUAAUAUUGAAAGACAAAAUAUAAAAUCAAAAUCAGUAAAAUCAGAAAUUGAAUUAGAGAAUCAAAAGACAUUAUUAUCAUUUGUAGUUUAUCACAAGAUGAAAUAUUUAUAUGAAAGAAAUCAAAUUCUAUCAAAGAUUUUCUUUAGAUUUUUGAAUGGAGAAAAGAGUCAAGAGGAUCUCUCCAUCUCUAGAAAAAAGAAAAAGGUUGGCGUUCAAGAUUUGGUCCGUAUCUAUGGCGAUCAAAUCAAAAUCUUUACAUCAAUGGUCGACAAUCGUCCAGACACUUCUUCAUCGGCUUCCUCUUUGGUUGCAUCAAAAGACAAUGAAGCCCAACUCUUGCUCCUCAGAUCCUAUCGUAUCUAUUUCAUUGGUCUCAACCUCCUCGCCGCCAAGAAAUGGUCAGAAACCAAUGCAACCAUUGAAAAGAUCCUCUCAAACGUUCAACAAAUCAAAAAGAUCACCAAGAGUCAAGAUAUUGUAAAAUCAGCAACAGAUCUUGAAGAUCUUGUCAACAAGGUUAAAUCUCAAAUUCAUGCCAAUGCCUUUAUGGAACAAUUAUCAACCAAUGAAGAUUUAAAGAAUCAAAUGAAUUCUUUAACAAUUCAAUCAUCAGAAAAAUCAAAGGAUUUAUUAAGUGGUAUUGAAAAUUAUGAUGCAUCAUUUUUGGAAGAAAAGAAAUUGGUUGAAUAUCCACCACAAUUACAACCAACUACAACCAAGCCAAUGUUCUUUGAUUUGGCUUUUAACUCUUGCGAAUUCCCAUCAUUGGAAAAUAGAAAGAAAGCACAAUCUAAAGGUUUAUUUGGUUUUUGGAAAUAG